AGCAAUAUAAGAGACAAUCAGGCCCCUAGUCAAGAGGUCACUUUUGUGAGUGGUUUCUGCCAUCAUGUUGAGCUUUAGCCAAAUCCUGUUGAUCGUUGGCGUUUUUGCCACGGGCUCGUUGGCCCAAUAUGACUACAAAGAAGCAUUGGGCAAGUCCAUUAUGUUAUACGAGGCUCAAAGGUCCGGAAAAUUGCCCGACGACAACCGAAUCGAUUGGAGAGACGACAGUGCCACUGGGGAUGAGGUUGUUGGAGGAUGGUACGACGCCGGAGAUCAUGUGAAAUUUGGUUUCCCUUUGGCUUACACUGUCACCAUUUUGGCUUGGGGUGGAAUCACCUUCAAAAAUGGUUACGACUCAGCCGGUGAGACCGACCAUCUGAAGAACUCCCUCAAAUGGGCCACCGAUUACUUGAUGAAGGCUCACAAAUCCAAAUUCGAGUUGAUUGGACAGAUCGGAGAUGGAGAUGCUGAUCAUGCCUAUUGGGGCCGUCCCGAGGAUAUGACCAUGAGUCGACCUUCUUUCAGUAUCACGGCUGACAAGCCCGGAUCCGAUUUGGCGGGUGAGACUGCCGCUGCUUUGGCAGCGUCCUCAAUCUUCUUUGGUCUGGUCGGCGAGAACUCUCUGAAGAACGAGUGCCUAAACCAUGCCAAGGACUUGUUUGAAUUUGCUGAUACCAAACGGGGCAAAUACUCCGACUCCAUCCCUCAAGCCUCCAGUUUCUACAACUCGUGGAGUGGAUUCAACGACGAAUUGGCUUGGAGUGCCGCUUGGAUGUACAAGGCCACUGGCGACCAAUUGUACUUGGACAAGGCCGAAAGCUUCUACAAUCAGUUCGGCUUGGACUACUUGUCCGAGAGUGGAAUUGGAUGGGACGACAAGUUGUUCGGAGUUCAAGCUAUGUUGUAUGACAUCACUGGCAAGGACUUGUACAAGAAGCGGGUCAAUGAAUUUUUCGACUUUGUUCUUAAACCCGAGCGUUACUCUCCCAAGGGAUUGUGCUUCCUCUCCGAAUGGGGAUCUCUCCGCACCUCUGCCAGUCAAGUGCACGUUUUCCUCCAAUUGGCUGUUACCAAAGGAUUCAGACCGAGCGAGGUCGAAAACUUUGCCAAGGGUCAGAUCAACUACAUGCUCGGCGACACUGGUCGCAGCUUCAUGAUCGGUUUCGGCAAUAACUUCCCCCAGAAACCUCAUCAUCGUGGAAGCUCGUGCAAAGAUAUGCCUGCCCCUUGUUCUUGGGAUGAUUUUAACAAUCAAGGGCCCAAUCCUCAAACCUUGGUGGGUGCUCUUGUUGGUGGACCUGACCAGAACGACAACUACAAUGAUGCUCGCGACGAUUACGUUCAGAAUGAAGUAGCCAUCGACUACAACUCUGGAAUCCAAAGCAGUUUGGCCGCCAUGAUUCAACUGGGUCUUUAAAUUGACACCCGUGAAUUACAUUUAUAUGUCAUCAACGAUUCAUAAAGUCUUGCAACAUUUCCUUA